UAAGGGCCCAAAUGCAAACGAGGAAACCAACCUCCUCCUCCCCUGUAACAACUCCGCCGCGCGCCCACCUCCCCUCGCCGGUAUCGUGUCCUCGUUCACGCCCAACCCAACCCACCCCAUUUCCCCGACCUCCGAUGCCGGAGCGCCGCAACGUAGCCGGAGACCCGCCGUACUGGUGAUCCCCGGAUAACAACGAUGGACCGCCUCUUGCUGUCCCGCCCCCCGAUGCCCACCCCCGUCCACGGCGCUGCCACGGCCGCAGAUGGCGACCUCCUCGAGCUCGACGUCCUCUGGCCCGCCUCUUCAGCUCCGGGACUCCUCGCCGCGCUUCCCGAUGACGAGGCUAAGAAGAAGCAGAAGCGCGCGGGCGGCCCUGCCGUCCGAUCCGCCGCCCGCGCCGUCCCGGAGAAGGCCGCGUUGACCCCGUCUUCGGUGGCGAGGUCGGCUCCGGUGCGCAUACCUUCGGAUGCUGCGGCGCGGAGAGGGAGGUGGCCCCACGUCGUCGGUGGCGGCGACGACGGGGACGCCAUGGUCCCGCCGCACGAGAUCGUCGCGCGGCGCGCGGCAGCGCACAGCUCGGUGCUGGAGGGAGCCGGGAGGACGCUCAAGGGCCGCGACCUCCGCCGCGUACGCAACACCGUCCUGCGCCGCACCGGCUUCCUCGACUGAGAGGCGGAGGCGAGUCGCCUCGUCGCUUUCGCGAUAAAGUUUUGACUUCUGUUAAUUCCUCCCUUUAGUUCCAUCCGUUGCGUUUCCGGCAGUUUUGAUUUCAUUCCCCGAUGGGAAGGGGAUGAAAAGUAAAGUGGUGAGGUGAGAUGAGUGACCGAGGAUUAUAACACGACAAUAACAGUGCUGUUCCAUUCCAUCACAUUAUAUAUAUGGAAUUUUUGGCCAUUAUAUUU